GCCCUCCUUCUUCUAAGGACUUGGCCUUGUCAUGAAUUUCACGGCGCAGGCCCUCUCGGCCGCUAUAAACCUCCCCGGGUCCUUGGCUUUCGGCACUAUACCAUACUAUACUAUGCCCUAAAAUGAUGGAAUCUUAUCAAUUAUAUCAAUUACAUCCAUAGAUGUCAUUCCUUUUCCCCUUGAGCCUAUAGAAGCGGGUAUUCGUUCCCCGACGGCGCCAGCCGUGGCGUACGGUAGAGUCGCUUGCCGCUUCCAGUUCUGAGAAUCAUCGCUUGGCACCAAGACCGGCCUGUUGAUAUAUUGUAUCUGCUUGUAUCUGUAUCUUAUAGGAGUAGAUUAAUUAACCAUUCCCGCCUCUGAUCGUUACUACAAUCAAACCUGUUACUGCUGGCUUCUUCACCUACAGGCACCUACAGGCACCUACAUACCUACCUAGCUACCUAGCUACCGUUAUCAAAAGCUCCAUAGAAUGGGUGGUCAAUUCUCACCGUACGAUCCCCUACGAUGCCCAAAUUAUGCCCAGUUCGCCGCGGGCUUCGAUAGGCCGCACUUCGAUGGCAUCUACUGGACUAUGUUCUUCCUUGUCAUAUUUACCCUAUUCAUAGCAUCAUGGCUAUUCCAAUCGACAAUGACGUACAAAGACCAUCCAGAAUACCGCGAAGACUUAUUCCGGAGGAAACUGAAGAGGAGCCUAAUAUGCUGCACGGGGUUGUUCUUAUUAGCCGCUGUAUUUCUCGUGAUGGAGGUCUUUGCACUUCUCGCGUUGCAAUUUUGCGAUGGAGAGGACCUCAUGUCGCUGUACUGGUCGACGUGGACGAUGCUUCAGCUCGGCUCGGAGAUAGCCAUCUUGGGCAUUGUGCUUGCGCUUUGGCAUCACUUGUGUGAUGUGCGACAUCCACAAUGGGCUCUUGCGUUAGGUACUCCCGUACUGGUCGUCGCUGGUAUCGGACAUCUAAUACACCUGGCAAUGAAAAUGUGUUUCAAGCGUGCCAAAGCCCAAAGGGAAUCCCGAAGGUUAUCGCAAAGCACGGCCACAGAUGGUCGUGAUUGUGGAAAAGAGGUUACUGGCACGAUUUCGUCCAACACCACAAUCAAACCAGAAGUCGAACAAGUUGACCAACGGUCCAGCGAUCCUGGUCUCCUCGAGGCCGGAAGGGCCGUGUACCUCACACUAGACGUGGGCGACGAUGAUCGCGUAAAGCGGUGGCCGUCCUUUGUCGGUAUGACAGAUGGCAGAGCCAUCGUGCAGAUGAAUGUCUACACCGAUGGUGGUAUGCCCAAGGGCAAACGUGAGAUUUAGACAAAAUAAGUGGCGUCUACACAACACAACACUGCAGUACACUACACUACACUACACUAUGCACUGCACUUUACUACUAUAUACACGAAUGGCGCUUGGGAUAACUAUCUACUAUUUACCUAAUUAGAUAGGUGGGUAGGUGGUUAUCUUACGAGGGUUUCAGCCCUCUGGUCUAGAACAUAUAAACGCGGAGGAUUGGAUAGGAUAGGGCUUGGAUGGGAUAUACACAGUACACGCGGGCUUCGGAAAAAGA